CUUUCGUCAAGUUUUUUAAUCUAUCUGUCUCAAAUUGCUAUGCUGAAAUUCAUGCCCCUUUGAGCUCAAGGAGCUCUGCAGAGAACCAAUGACGGACGACAGUGUCGGAUCCGAGAGGACGCCUCUCUUAUCCUCGUCAUCCACCGCUUCCACCCCGCCGCAGAGUCGCACACCGGAGCCACGAAACUCCCCAAAUGAAGGGCUCUCGUCACUGCGAGGCUUCCUCAUCUGCGUCUCCGUCUGGGUCCUCAUCUUCAUCCUGACCAACAAUGUCUCGCUCAUCACCACCAUCCAGUCUCCCAUCGCCACCGAUCUCCGAGUCUCCAGCGAAGUCAGCUGGUUCACGUCGGCCUACCUGAUCGCCAUCACCAGCAUCACCCCGGUCGCGGGUCGGCUGUGCACGAUCUUCAGUCCGCGGGUUUAUCUGCUUGCCUCGAUCGUCGUCCAGUCCGGGGGCCUGUUCAUCACCUCGCAGGCCAAGUCGCUGGCCGUGUUUCUGGCCGGCCGUGCCGUGACGGGGGUUGGAAGCGCCUCCAUCACGCCCGUGGCGUUUAUCCUGGUCACAGAGCUGACGAGCCCUCGACGGCGAGGUCUCUUCUUUGGCUGCAUCAACACCGGCUACACGACGGGCGUGGCCUGUGGAGCCAUCAUCGCCGGCGCCCUGGAGCCGUUGGUCGGCUGGCGCGCCGUCUUCUGGCUCCAGAUCCCCUUUGCCCUGUGCGCGGUGACGGUGGCCUUCUUCGCAAUCCCCAAGCCCAAGGCUUCUCUGGCUGCGGGAUCUUCUGAAUCGCUGGCCAAGAAACUGUCGCAGAUCGACUACCUGGGCGUGCUCAGCAUCAUUUCCGCCGUCGUGCUGCUGCUCUACAGCCUCUCGUCCCCGCGCAUCAAAGUCACCCCGAUCAUCCUGUCGCUCGCGUCCUUCAUCCUCUUCCUCUUCGUCGAGGCGACGUGGGCCAGCCAGCCCAUCGUGCCGGUCUCGGUGCUGCGGUCGCGGGGCAACAUCCUGACGGGCAUCGCGACGGUCGGGGUGAUGACGGCGCGGUGGGGGGUGCUGUUCUACACGCCGACGUACGUGCUCACGCUGCGCGGCUGGCCGCAGACCAAGGCCGGCCUGACGCUGAUCCCGACGAACCUGGGCUUCGGGCUGGGCGGGCUGCUGGCCGGGUGGCUGCACAUCCGGCGCACGGGGUCGUUCUACCUCGCGUGCGUCGUGACCUUUGUGCUGUUCGCGCUGUCCAUGGUCGCCGUGGCGUGGAUCUCGACCCCGACGUCCAACAUCGCCCUGUACCUCGGCGUGCUGUUCCUCAACGGCUUCAUCGUCGGCGCCCUGCUCAACUACUCGCUCGCCCACGUCCUGCACCUGACCCUGCCCGCCACGCACGUCAUCGUCAUCCCCCUCAACGCCAUGUUCCGCAGCCUGUCCGGCUCCUUCGGCUCCUCCAUCUCCGGCGGCCUGUUCCUGCGGGCCCUGCAGCGCGCGCUCACCCAAGGGUUCGAGCAGCGCGGCAUCACCGGCAAGGCCCAGCUGAUCAGGCAGUUGGUCGGCACGCCGAUCCUGGUCCAGCGCCUGAGCGGCGUGGACAGGGAGGUCGCCAUGCUCGGCUACGAGCAGGCCCUCCGCACCAUCUACAUGGCCGGCGGUGCCUGGGCUCUUUGCAUGUUGCUGGUGCAGGCGGGCACCGGGUGGACCGCGCCCGAAGUCAUCAAGGACGAAGAGGGGGCGGGCAGCGACGAGAGCAGGGAGAGGCAGCAGGACGGCCUGUCGCCUGUUGUUUCGAGGGAGCCGAUGGCGAGUUAGCGUGCAUGGGUGGCUGAGUGAGGAUGUUUUACAAUGUAGCCUACUCCUUUUUCCAUACCAUAGACUUGCAGACCACACUUGGACAAGAUAUUAGAGCAUUGUGUUUGUUUUUCGUGUCUAUGCAUUAACUUGAGAGGCAAUAGCGGCUUCUAUUUUGUAACCCUAAUUUCCUGACAGGCUGUGAUCAACACUGUCUACCUUUUUCAGCUUCCUCCAGGCUGCUUAUCA